CCAAGAAGAAGAAAAUAAGAAUCAUGCGCAGUGCCUUGUGCAAGUUAACCCUCGUGAACAAGCAUGAGUACCUCCAACAAAGUAGCAACUAGCAAUAAUUAGCACAACAGCUGCACAAUAGGCUAUCAAAGUCAAUUUUGUUGUCUCAUCUUUCCUCGAAAUUGUCAUGGUCAGGAAAUCUUUCUGAAGGCAUAUUUCUUUUGUUGCUUAACAUGAAUAUCUUUGUUGAAUUCUGCUUGGUGUCGUGCAAAGUUCUCUGGACUUUUGUGUUGGCUGGAACGAGAUGGCUCGUGCGUCCAAAAGAGAAGAAUGUAAUGGGUCAGGUUUGUGUGAUCACUGGGGCAGGAAGCGGUCUUGGAAGACACUUUGCCAAGGAGUUUGCCCGAAGAGGUGCUACGGUUAUUCUUUGGGACAUCAAUUGGGAAAGUAACGAAGAGACUGCUGAGAUGGUGCGACAAAUCUACAGCGACAUUACCAAUAGGAUCCCUGAAGGUUCAGUGGAUGGUGAGGAGGGAGAUGUAUCUCAGAUUCAGCCCAAUGUCUACACUUAUCUGUGUGACGUAAGCAAGAGAGAGGAGGUGUACUUGACCGCAGAUAAGGUGCAACGUGAAGUGGGCAACAUUGAUAUCCUGAUCAACAAUGCCGGGGUGGUCUCAGGACGUCACCUGCUGGAGUGUCCAGAUGAACUCCUAGAGCGCACCAUGAUGGUCAACUGUCAUGCUCACUUUUGGACUACCAAGGCUUUUGUUCCCAAGAUGCUCGAGCUGAACCAUGGGCACAUUGUGACGGUAGCCAGCUCCCUGGGUCUGUUCACCACUGCUGGUGUUGAGGACUACUGUGCCAGCAAGUUUGGUGCUAUAGGUUUUCAUGAGUCCCUCAGCCACGAGCUGAAAGCAGCUGAGAAAGAUGGGAUAAAAAUGACGCUGGUCUGUCCUUUCUUAGUUGAUACUGACAUGUUCAAAGGGUGUAAAAUCAGGAAAGAGAUUGCCCCACUCUUCCCCCCGUUGAAGCCAGAGCAGUGUGUGCAACAGGCAAUGAGGGCUAUCCUAACAGACCAGCCCAUGAUCUGUACGCCUCGUAUUAUGUACAUGGUUAGUUUCAUGAAGACUGUCUUGCCCUUUGACGCCAUCGUUUGCAUGUACCAGUUUCUUGGAGCAGACAAAUGCAUGUACCCGUUCCUGGCUCACCGGAAGGAGUCCAUGAACAACAAUGAAUCCAAGCUGCCUGCCAUCAUGCAGCUGCCACUGGAGAAAAAAUAAUGUUACAUAAUACCCUUUGAAACUCAGAUUUAUCAGAUGGAGAGGUUUACCACAUUGUCCCUCUUGAACAAACUACAUAUGCUGUGUACUUUAUUAAGGGUUCACAUUGGUUCUUUUGGUUUCUUGAAACCAGUUUUUGUAUUUGUUUUAAACAUAAUAAUUGACAGUAAAUGUGUAAAUGUCAUUGUUUUGUAGACACUCACUGUGUAUCCCUAUCCCGCGCUUUGUUCCAUGGUGGCCAGCUUGAUCAUUCCUCAUGCAGUGCCUUAUUCUGGUUGCCUUUGAGUCAUUAAAUUGUUUUUUUUGUAUUUUG